GGGGGGGGGGGGGCAGAGGAGGGGGGGGGGGGGUUACGGAGAUACCGCCCGGCGUGCCACCGGAGGUGGUAAGGUGUUAUAUGUGUGUCACCAAACCUGUUGGCAGCGCGAAAUCGCCGCCGCCGCCGCCGAUGUCACUAUUCUCAGCGGGUGAGAGCGGCAGCUCCGGCGGCGACAACUUUGAGCUCGUUUCUGGCGCGGCCGGUUCAGCGGCAGCGGCUGGUCAUGAAGAGGACGCGGUAUAUAAGCUGCCGUCGGCUUCCAUUCAGCAGCCAGAGCUCACCGAGCAGCUGCUGCAGACAUGAAGCCAAUCCGACUCGCAGCCGCCCUGCUGCUGGUGACCGCCGUGGCCGCGGCCGGCAGUGACGGCCCGGCCGCCACCGUCGGGUCAGAGGGCGCCUCUGCCGCCGCCGAGUCCGCCGAGGGCGGCAAGCGCUCCGGACGCUUCUUCUCGCUGUUCUCGCGGCUGUUCGGCUACCCGGCCGAGAAGGAGGUGGAGACGCCAGUCGUGGCCGCGGCGCCGACCGUCGUGCAGACGGUGCCGCACGUGCAGCGCGUCCAUCGGCCCAUCAAGAUCAGCCCCGUGAUCGUGCUCAAGCCCGAGCACCCGUCGCCGCCGCAAGUGGUCAUCAAACCUCAGCUACCGCCGCCAGUGGUCAUCAAACCGCACCCGGCGCCGGUGGUCGUCCCCGAGCACCCGCCGCCAGUCGUCAUCCCGGAGCCUGAGUAUCCGCCGUCAGUCGUCAUCCCCGAGCCUUGCACGGGCUACGGCUGCCCCGAGUGCGACAGCCACCGUCCGUGUCUGUCCGGCUACUGCUGGACGGGCCAGUGCGUGCAGUGUCUGUUCGCCGGUCACUGCGGCGCCGGCUACCUCUGCGAGUCUCAGGUGUGCGUGCCGGCGCCGGCGCCGGUGCCGGAGCCCGAGUACUGCGGCGCCGAGCGGCCCUGCCCGCACGGCUUCUACUGCGCGCACGGCCACUGCAAGCCGUACGUUCUGCCGGGCUACCCGUGCGAGGGCCCCGAGAGCUGCGAGUCCAACAGCUGCCCGCACGGCACGUGCGCCGCCUGCUCCCAGUGGAAGCCGUGCCCGCACGGCGAGUUCUGCUCACACGGCGUCUGCAAUCCGCCCGGCAACACCGACGACCAGUGCUGGUUCAACCUGCAGUGCCGCUCGCACAUCUGCCUCAAGGGCCAGUGCGCCGAGUGCGCCCAACGCAGCGACUGCCCCUCGGGCCAGUACUGCCGCCAGGGUAAGUGCAAGACGCGCGGACUCUUCGGCGACGAGUGCUCUUCGCCGGCCGAGUGCAGGUCCAACAACUGCGACGUCAAUGUGGGCCGCUGCAUAGACUGCAGGAACUCACUGCAGUGCUCCCAGCUGCAGUACUGCAGCGCCGACAACCGCUGCGAGGACAAGCGGCCGUUCCAGUUCCCGUGCACCAAGGACUACGAGUGCGUCACCGACCGCUGCAGCAGGGACAGGGUGUGCGUGUUCUGCAGCCGCUCCCAGCACUGCGACAACGAGUUCGAGUACUGCGACCUCAAAGAGGGCGACUGCAAGGAGCUGCUCGACUUCGGAAGGAAGUGCGAGUCCACAAGAGAGUGCCGCAGGCCGCUCAAGUGUGAAGACAAGAAGUGCGUUGAGUGCACCAGAAACAGGGACUGCCCCGGCAGCAAGAACCGCUGCAAGGACAACAGGUGCGUGAAGAAGUCCGGGGCGCUCGACAAGUGCAAAGACGACUCAGACUGCGACUCGGGAGUGUGCGACAAGGACAAGUGUCGGCAGUGUCGGAAGGGCGGCGGCGGCCCAGACAACUGUCCCCGAGGCCAGAGGUGUAACGACGACGGGGUGUGCCAGCGCUUCAACGUCCCCGAGAACGGCGCCUGCGAGAGCGGCCUGGACUCGCAGUGCCAGAGCGGUCUCGUGUGCACCAACCUGAGGUGCAAGAAGAGGAAGAGCCCUACAGGAUAAAUCAACGUUGAAAGUUAGAGUCAGCACUCUAUUAUUUUUUAAUUCCCCCAGAUUGACAAUCUUCAUUGUUUUGGAAUGAGAUGAGAAGAGAAUAUGUGAAAGCGCUUUGAUGAGUUCAACCAGUGUUCUACUUUAGAGAAAGAAUUUACCAGACCGGCGCUCCCGCAUUUCAAAGCUCCGAAAAAGACUCGCCUCAUGGCUGCUGUUAGUUGUUUGUUACCCGAAACUGACAAAACUGAUGUUAUAGCUUUCGGGGUUUCCAAAAGUGUGCUCAUCGUGUAAUAGCAUGUCGUCGUCAAUGCGCCGCGCCGUUUUUCACGUCUGCUGGGGCACGGGCAAGACUUGGUGCCGCGACAGGUCAGGAUUGUGUGUGAAGGGAAACAAAGUGUUUGUGUUAGU